GGGUGUGCGCGAUGGCGUAAUUUCCGGGAAGUAAAAGUCUAGCAACACGGAAGCGUAGGAAAGAAAACAAAUAAUCGUUUAAAUUUGUUUCGAGCAGAAGUCGGAGCUGACGCCUCUUCGCGCCGUAUUCGCCGUCUGGACCCCCGUCUCCGCCGCACACGAUGGAUUUCCUGUUUGGAAGGAGGAAGACUCCGGAGGAGAUGCUGAGGCAGAAUCAGCGGGCACUCAACCGAGCCAUGCGAGAACUGGACCGGGAGCGAAUGAAGCUGGAGCAGCAGGAGAAGAAGAUCAUCGCUGACAUAAAGAAAAUGGCCAAACAGGGACAAAUGGACGCCGUCAAGAUCAUGGCCAAAGACUUAGUGCGCACUAGGCGCUACGUUAAGAAGUUCAUCAUGAUGAAAGCCAACAUUCAGGCGGUCAGCCUGAAGAUACAGACACUGAAGUCCAACAACAGUAUGGCGCAGGCGAUGAAAGGCGUCACCAAAGCCAUGGCCACCAUGAACAGACAGCUGAAACUGCCUCAGAUCCAAAAGAUCAUGAUGGAGUUUGAGCGACAGAGUGAAAUCAUGGACAUGAAGGAAGAGAUGAUGAACGACGCCAUCGACGACGCCAUGGGAGACGAGGAUGAUGAGGAGGAGAGCGACGCCAUUGUGUCCCAAGUGCUGGACGAGCUGGGUCUGAACCUGUCCGAUGAACUGUCAAGCUUGCCGAGCACUGGCGGAAGCCUGUCGGUGGCAGGAGGGAAGAAGGCGGAGCCUCAGGCGACCCUGGCCGACGCAGACGCAGACCUGGAGGAGCGUCUGAAUAACCUUCGGAGAGAUUGAGCGCUGUGGCGAAGCCUUUAAUACAAACAUACUCGAAUCUCUGUGUCUAGAUUCUAUUGGAAGUAGAGCCAGCGGUACGCUGGUUUGUUGCAGCAGAGCUGGGGUGUAUGACAAAGGUGUAUGGCUUUCUGUUUGAGGUGUUUUCUCAUUAUGUGUAAUAUGUAUUUUAUCCAAAAAAAAAAAUGCAAAAGGGUCAUUAUCCUUCAUAGGUUUGGCAAAUUGUUGCCUCAUUUACGACUUUGCCAAAUGACACAAGCUGACUUUAUGUCACAGUCUGUAAAUACUAACUCCUCCAGGCAUGACGUUUUCACAAAUUAAAUUAACACUAAUUAUAAAAAUGUUUAAGGAAAUCCAAACGAAAGCUGGUAAUAUCACAGAAAACGACAAUUUAUAUGGGUGACGUGAAGUUUUUCUCUUUUUUUUUUUUGUACAUGAGGCUGUUUUGGUGUUUGUAUCACCAUAAUCAUCAUAAUAAUACACUUGUAGCCUUUUUUUUUUUUUUGAUUGUUUAGUAGAUGGAAUCUGCGGUUUGUCAGGGUUUACCUGAAGAUGCUGCGCAGGAAGUUGAAAUAUCGGCAUCUUUUGCAGCUGCAUUCACAGAUUUUACAGAUUAUAUUUGGAAAGAAAGGUGAGGUCAGCUGACUUGGCACUCUUAAGAUUUAUUUCACCAAAAUGUUAAUAAAGAGUCAGUGGUGUUUAUUUUUGACAAACUGUCCUGUUUUUUUUUCUCUAUUCAAUAAACAUUUUUUCCAGAUUUAAAUAA